AUGGAUAUAUCGUUCGAAAUUCAUUCAAUGCGUGAUGAUGUGCUCGAUUUUUGUGGUAUUGCUGAAACAGAUGGUGAACCGCUUGAUAUUGCAUUACCGUUGUUGUAUACAGCUACUAGUGAACUGUUUUUCAAACCAGCUAACAACGAUCGGUUAGUAACGUUCGUUAUCAAUUCUCAUUCAGUCAUUCUUUCGUUCUUCAGUUUACUCAUCAAAUCAGAUUCCUGUAUUUACCGGCUGUUCACAAUAUUGUGGGUUUGUACAGAGCGCAAAAAUCACUAG